AUGUCCGACCUUUCCGUUCAGCUGGAGGCCCCUAACGGUGUCAAGUACACCCAGCCGACGGGACUUUUCAUCAACAACGAGUUUGUCAAGUCUUCUAAUGGCGAAACCAUUGACUCGAUAGAUCCAGCAACUGAGGAGAAGAUUGCCUCUGUUCAGGCUGCAUCAGAGGCAGAUAUCGACAGAGCUGUCAAGGCCGCCCACACGGCGUUGAGGCACGAGUCCUGGAAAGGCAUCUCGGCCACAGACCGAGGUGCUCUUUUGUACAAGCUUGCACAUCUAAUUGAGCAGAACAAGGAGAUUCUUGCGACGAUCGAUGCGUGGGACAACGGAAAGGCCUACUCGGAAGCCCUCGAGAUUGACCUGUCUGAGUGCGUUACCGUCAUCCGCUAUUACGCCGGCUGGGCUGAUAAGACUUUCGGCCAGACUAUCAACACAACUCCUCAAAAGUUUGCGUACACAAUCCGCCAGCCCAUCGGUGUUGUGGCCCAAGUAAUCCCAUGGAACUACCCUCUUUCCAUGGCGACAUGGAAGCUAGGACCCGCCCUCGCCUGCGGAAACACGGUGGUGCUCAAGGCUGCGGAGCAAACACCCCUUAGCAUCCUGUUCCUCGGCACUCUUGUCAAGGAGGCAGGCUUCCCGCCGGGCGUGGUCAACUUUGUCAACGGUCUCGGUAGAGUUGCCGGCGGUGCGUUGGUGAGCCACCCUCUGGUCGACAAGGUUGCCUUCACCGGCAGCACUGCGACGGCGAGAGCUAUUAUGGGUGAGGCGGCGAAAACCCUGAAGAACAUCACUCUUGAGACCGGCGGCAAGUCUCCCCUCCUUGUUUUCGACGACGCGGACAUCGAACAGGCUGUCAAGUGGUCGCACAUGGGCAUCAUGUCCAACCAGGGUCAGAUCUGUACCGCGACGUCGAGAAUUAUCGUGCAGGAGUCCAUCUACGAUGAUUUCAUCAAGAGAUUCGUCGAGACUCUCAAGGCCGUUAGCAAAGUCGGAAACCAGUGGGACAAGGACACUUAUCAGGGCCCCCAGGUGUCCAAGGUCCAGUACGAGCGCGUGCUGGAGUACAUUGACAUUGGAAAGAAGGAGGGUGCCAACCUCGCUGCCGGUGGCGAGCCCCUGAGAAUUGGGGACAAGGGCAAGGGCUUUUUCGUUGCGCCUACAGUCUUUACCAACGUCACUACGAAGAUGCGAGUAUGGGGCGAGGAAAUCUUUGGCCCCGUCGUGGUUAUUGCAAGCUUCAAGGACGAGGAGGAAGCCAUCAACCUUGCGAACAGCACAGAGUAUGGCCUCGGUGCCGCCGUUUUCACGACGCAUAUAGAGCGCGCCCACCGCGUAGCUGCUGAAAUCGAGGCGGGAAUGGUUUGGAUCAACAGCACCCAAGACAGCGAUCCUCGUGUACCAUUUGGAGGCGUCAAGCAGAGCGGUAUUGGUAGGGAACUGGGUGAGGCUGGUUUGGAGGCCUACUCGCAGAUCAAGGCUGUCCAUGUCAACAUGGGCACCAAGCUUUGA